AUGAGUGCAUUCGAUUUACUAGAAAAAGAAUUAUAGGGUAUAGCAUAUGAGACGAAAAAGAAGUGGCCAUAAAUAAAGGAUAUGGUUAAUGAGCUUAUAACAGAACUUUAAAAUACUAAGAAAAGAUAAAGCCCAUAAAAUAAUUAGCAAGGUAAUGUAGGUACUCAUAGAGGUUUGCAGGACAUCCCUUUAGGCUAAUAUUUUAAAGUAAUAGAUUUGUUAAAAGACACUAAGUAGUAGAAGAUAUAUGAACAUGGUUUAAAUAUUUUACAAAGAUUGAUUAAUUAACCAUCUGUUACUGAAGUAGAGUAGACUAUAGCAUUAAACUUCUUGUAUUCAAUAAAAGAUAUUAAAGAUGAAAAGCUGCAAAUAAAACUGAUAUAAUCUUUAUUAGUUAUGUUUAAUCUUAAAACCAUAACUUGCAAAUAUUAUGAUUAAAUAGAAAAGAUUUUAAAUAUCUGUUUGACCCUAUAAAGUUAAAAAGAGAUUAUAGUACAUAACACUUCUUUGGCAGGAAUGUUUUAGCUUAUAAAUAUUGUCUUUGAGCAUUUUAUUAAAUCUCGUAUCGUUUUCGAGUAGAAUUUUUCAGACAACUCUUAAUAAUUCAACUAGACUGCUGAAGAAGAAUCCAAAGAAUAAAUUUCAUAAAUCUAGCAUCAAUCUUCGUCUGAUUAUAAAAAGAAUGAUUCAAGAAAUACAGAAGAAGAUUUGAAUGGUAUUAUUUAUUCUCCUUAGUCAUACGAAUAAAUUACGAGUACCUGUGUCAGGCUGUUUGGAGAAAUUGUAUAGAUGCUUGAUGGUAAAAAAAUGCCAGCUUGGGUACCAUAGGGGUUAGGAGUAACCACAACCUAUCAAGAAAUCGCAUUUGACUUAAUAUUGGCAAUUUUAAAGUUGGCUGGAAAAUAUAUUAGAAACAAUAAGCAAUUAAUGCAUAUCAUUAAUGAAAAGUUAGUUUAAUUUGCUUAUGAUAACAUUAAAAGUGAUUAUUCAGAAUUCAAGUUUGGGAUUAGAAUUAUUAAAUUGUGCUGUAGAUUAACAUAUAAUUUAAGAUCUAAUGAAAAUAUAUUACAAAAGAUUUGUGAAACAUAAAAAAAAGCUAAUAAAAUAUUCAUAUUUUCUUAUGUAUAUAGUGAGUACUUUAACUUAAGUCUGAGUGAUACUAAGUAUAUUUAUCAUCUCUAUCAAGCAAGCUUUUAAGAAGAACAAAAUAAUGAAAAUAAAAAAUAUAAGGGGCUUUUAGAUAUUUUAGAAAGUGUUUAAGCAAUAGCUUCUAACAUUUCUAAGCUACCAGAUUAAGAAUUAAGAAAGGUUGUUCAUUCUAACAUAAAGUCCAAAAUAAUUGACAGAAACGAAAUAGAUUUUUAAGAAUCUCCUUAAAUUAGCUUAAAUAUGCUAUAUAAAAUACUUACUGAAUGCACUACACAUUUUACGGAAUCGCUUUGCAGAGUUUUUCAAGAAAAAGACUAAGAAUAAGCCUCAGUGAGAUAAAAAUAGAGUCUGCAUCAAGAAGGAUUAGCUGACUAGGUAAUAUAAAAUAGUAAAUAGCAUGAUGGAUUUGAAGAAAUAGUAGGAAUAAUUGAGUAAUGUUGGAAAGAGAACCUAAGAAUUGUGAAAAAAUUAUUAUAGAAAUAAGUAAAUGAGCAAUAUACUUAAAAUAUAUUGAAGGCUAUACAAAGCUGGGUUCGCUUAGCAGGAACUCUGUAACUCAAUAAAAUUUCUGAUGAAUAUUUAAAAGUACUCUCAAACAAUAGUGUUAGUGCUCCUGGAGAAGACUUCACUUCUUUUAACCUCCUUUGCACAAAAACUCUAUUUAAUAUAGCUUUAUGUUUAGGAGAUGUCCUUGGAACAAGCUCCUGGCAUAUAAUUCUAUAAUCAAUGCAAAAAUUAGAUAAUAUAUUUUUAAGAAAACUGUAUCCAGAAGAAUAGUAAAGAAAAGAAGAUACUGUAAUCAACUCAGAGAUACAAAUUUAAUAAAACCUUCUCAAUAAUUUGUUUUCUUCAAGUGACCAAGCUGAUGAUAACUUAGUUAUUACUAUGAUAGAUGCUUUAAACUAAGUCAAUUUAUCUGUCUUGGAGGUUGCUGCAAUUGAAUAACCAAAUAAGAAAUCACCUGAGUACUUUAAUCAAAAGUUUGGCCUUUUAAAAAUGCAAGAAACAAUUCUUGUAAAUAUAUUCAGGAUAGAAUUGUUUUGGGAUUUAGUAGCAACUCACUUUUUGAUGCUUGCAAAUAAAAGAUACAAUGAAUUGAGAUUAUUUUCUAUUGAUAUUUUAAACAAUAUAAUAAAUAAAGCAUUUAAUUUCUUUAUGAACGUUUAUCCUACUGAUGAUUAAGAAGUUUCUGAAGAAUUGAGAUUCUUAUAGCAAAAAUUCUCAGGUAUACUAGUUUGGAAUAGAGAAAAUUGGCAAGAAACACUUUUAAAUCCUUAUAAAGAAAUAAUUGCUUCACAGUUUCCAGACACUAAAUAGACUUUACUAGAUAAUUGCUUGCGCCUUUUAUAAAAUAAUGGACAUUAAAUUUCACAAAAUGGACUAAAAGUCAUACUGGAAGUCCUAAGCCAAGUAUCUGUGUGCUCAGAUUACCCAAGUAUAGUCGUUUAAGGAUAAAAGUGUUUAGAAUUAAUUAUUAGUUAAUACAUCAGUAUAAUAAAUCGUGAUUAAAUAAAGAUAAUUCUAGAUUUGAUUGAUAACUUUAGAAAGCACUGUGUUGAUAGCAACUCUAUUUAUUAAUCUGUUGCCUUGAUUUGGAAUAUUGGUGAUCACUUAGCUAAGUUAAAUGAAUAACUACUAAAAAGACAUGCAAACGAAGAUGAAAACUAAUUAACAGCUGAGGAAUUAAAUUAUGAAUUAAAUCAAUUUAAUUUGGAUUUAAAAUAAUUUGAAGCUUUGUGGGAAAGCAUAUUUAUAAAAUUAAUUAAUCUCACAAAUGAACCUCAAUUAGAGCUAAGAUAAUCCGCUAUACAAACACUAAGCAAUCUCCUCACUGUAAACACCAGGUUCUUUAGAAAGAGAUUUUGGAUUAAAAUUGUGAAAGAAGUAAUAAUAAACUAGAUUGACAAACUUAUGUAAAGAAUUAUAAAAGAAAAUGAAGAAAUAUUAAAUUAAAUCCCUGAGCAGCAGGUGAGCUAUUUAUAAACACCUAAAUUUAUGGGAUUGCCUGAAACUCCAAAAUUCUUACUUCCAUCAGACUUAAAUAGAUUCAAUAACCAUUAUAUUACCCAUGAAUCAUUAAAUAAAUUUGAUAUCAAGGCAUUUGAAGAUUCAAUCUGUUAGUUAAUCUAGUCAUUAUAAAAGAUAAUAAAAAAAGGCAUGAAUAUUCCAUAAAUAGAAGAGAAUUUAAUUGAUCUAUACAUGAAUUACAUAAAUAAAUUAAAAUUAAUAGUUGUUUUAAACAAUUAAACUCUUAUUUUUGAGUUUUUAAAAAUAAUUAAAGAUUUUUGCUCAUCUAAACCGGCUCAAGCAUUAAAAAUUUUCGAAGAAAUUAAAUUAAUUUUUGCAGAUUACCAGUAAUUAAUGGAGUUUAUAGUUGAUUGCAAAGAAGAAAAUAAAAUAGCCUCAUAACAGGUGAUUCCAAUUAUUUGCGAUACUUACUCGAGUCUUCUAAGCAUUGAAUCUUCUGAAGUGAUUACAAUAUCAUUAGUGCAAAGCUUCACUGAGUUUUUGAAAAAAGCUUUGAAAUUCUGUAAAGACAUUGAAUAAUACAGUGUACAAAUUAAAUUCAUAGAAGAUAAACCAGUAUUUGCUUCAGUGCAAGCUUUCAUUGGAUUAAUUUUCCAUAAAACUUUUGUUAUAUAAAAUUAAAUUCUACUUUUUAUGAAUGAAAUGAUGAAUAGUCCUAUUGACAGCCGUUUCAACUAUUUGAUGGUAAAGAGAUUUUUAGAGCAAUUUAGCAAUAUUUUGUUAGAUGAAAGAUUAUCAAAUGACCUCCAUGAUGUUUUUGUUAAAUACUUCUUUGCAAGAAUAGAAGGAUUGCUUGAGUUGAGAUAUGAGAGAGAAUACUAUUAACUUCACAGCAGCUUUCCAAAGGACUUUUAGCCUAUUUGGUUGUUUGUAUUUAAUCUAUUUAUACUUUUAGCUAAAUCACUAAUCAAAAAGAAUAAUUUCGAUUCAGAUUUCUUCUUUUUGAUGGAGAAUCUUUUAUAAAGACCAAAAGAUAAAAUAGAAAGAUUAGAUGAAAAUAACAGAAUCUACUUGAUGAAUGAAAUAGCCAAAAUAGAAUCUAUCUGCAUAGAAUUCAUUAUCGGCAAUAUGCUUAGUGAGGAUUAGGAAUUAGAGUAAUAUAUAAUAUCUAGAAUGAUAGAAGUUUUAGAAAACUAUACUGAUUCUAAAAAGCAUGAUAAUAAUUUAAAUUUCCUUGUUACAGCUAAUGGAAAUUCUGCUAAUUAGUCUUAAUUUGAAGAAAAUGAAUUUGAAGUUCGUAAAAAGUAUAUUUCAAACCUCUUCUUGUUAAGUAGAAGUAAACAAUCUAAAAAUCCUAAAUUUAAUGAAGUAUCAAGAGUAGUUCUACCAAUAUUAAUACUUAGAUGCAAAUAAAUUAUCGAAGAUUUCAUACAAGAUGAGUAACUUAAUGUAUCGUUCCCUAUUUCUAAGAGAAGAGUAAUUGAGUUAGUAUUUGUUUUAUAGUAGCUAAAGCAAUUAGAACUUCCUUUUGAUUGUUUUAAAAUGCCUAACGAUAAUUCAGUAAAACACUCACUUUAACUUAAUCUAUCUGGAGUUAGUAGCAAUAGUGAUAUAUAAGGAGAAAAUAACAAAUAAACAGAAUUAUCAAAUUAAAAUGGUAGCUAAAAUUGUAUAACCAAUCCAGACGAAGAAUCUACUGUUGCAUAGUCAACUUAAAAUAACCAAGUGCUAAAUAAAUUUUAAUCACCUAGUAAAAAAGGGUCAAAGAGAAAAUAUAUAAUAGUAAAUAGCGAUAAUCCAUUUAUAAAAGGAAAAAAAGGACAUCUAAUUUAUAUGUUUUCUUUAUUUACUGAUCUUAUAAUGACAAAUUAAGUAGAAAUUAAAAAGUGUUUAUAAGAUAUUUUCAAAGAAAUUCAAACAGAAAUGAAUCUAAGUAAUCUAUUUUUAACUGAAACCUAAUUAGAUGGUAACUCAUCACCUAAAUUUGCUACAUAAUGA